AUGACUAUUUCUUCUGCACAUCCAGAAAUAGAACCCAAGUGGUGGAAAGAGGCCACCAUCUAUCAGAUUUAUCCAGCAAGUUUCAAAGACUCAAAUAACGAUGGCUGGGGUGAUAUGAAAGGUAUCGCCUCCAAGUUGGAGUACAUCAAAGAGCUCGGUGCCGAUGCGAUUUGGAUCUCGCCAUUCUAUGACUCGCCACAAGAUGACAUGGGUUACGAUAUUGCCAAUUACGAGAAGGUCUGGCCAACCUACGGUACCAAUGAAGAGUGCUUCGCCUUGAUUGAAAAGACGCAUAAGUUAGGUAUGAAGUUUAUCACCGACCUGGUCAUCAACCACUGUUCCAGCGAACACGAAUGGUUUAAAGAGAGUAGAUCUUCCAAGACCAAUCCAAAACGUGACUGGUUCUUCUGGAGACCUCCCAAGGGCUAUGACGCCGAUGGCGCACCAAUCCCUCCAAACAACUGGAAGUCUUAUUUUGGUGGUUCUGCGUGGACGUUCGACGAAAAGACACAAGAAUUUUACUUGCGUUUAUUUGCUACUCGUCAACCUGAUCUCAAUUGGGAAAGUGAAGAUUGCAGAAAGGCAAUCUAUGAAAGUGCUGUUGGAUAUUGGUUAGACCAUGGUGUUGAUGGGUUUAGAAUAGAUGUGGGAAGCUUAUAUUCUAAAGUUCACGGCUUACCAGACGCUCCUAUCGUCGAUGAAAGCUCAAUUUGGCAAUCCAGUGACCCAAUGACUUUGAAUGGUCCACGUAUUCACGAGUUCCACCAGGAAAUGAAUAGCUUUAUCAGAGACAGAGUUAAGGAUGGCAGAGAGAUUAUGACGGUUGGUGAAAUGCAGCAUGCAUCCGACGAGACCAAGAAGUUGUAUACAAGUGCUUCAAGACACGAGCUUGGCGAGCUAUUCAACUUUUCUCAUACCGAUGUUGGGACUUCACCAUUGUUCCGUUAUAGCUUGGUCCCCUUUGAAUUAAAAGAUUGGAAAAUUGCCCUCGCAGAGCUUUUCAGGUACAUUAACGGAACUGAUUGUUGGUCAACAAUUUAUCUGGAAAACCACGAUCAACCUCGUUCUAUCACGAGGUUUGGUGACGACUCCCAAAAAAAUCGUGCUAUUUCUGGUAAGUUACUGUCGGUGUUGUUGGCGUCACUGACCGGCUCUUUGUUCAUUUAUCAAGGACAAGAGUUGGGCCAAAUCAAUUUCAAGAAUUGGCCUGUCGAAAAGUACGAGGAUGUUGAAAUCAGAAACAACUACAGGCUUAUUAGGGAAGAGUAUGGUGAAAAAUCAGAGCAAAUGAAGAAGUUUUUGGAAGGAAUUGCCCUUAUGUCCAGAGACCAUGCAAGAACCCCUAUGCCUUGGACUCAUGAAGAGCCAAAUGCUGGCUUCUCCGGGCCUACUGGCAAGCCAUGGUUCUACUUGAACGAAUCUUUCAGGGAGGGAAUCAACGUCGAAGACGAGCAAAAGGAUCCAAACUCUGUGUUAGCUUUCUGGAAGGAAGCUUUGAGAUUUAGAAAGGCACACAAGGAUAUCACCGUUUAUGGCUAUGAUUUCGAGUUCAUCGACUUGGACAACAAGAAACUGUUCAGUUUCACCAAGAAGUACGAGAAUAAGACUUUGCUUGCGGCCCUGAACUUUAGCUCCGAAAACGUGGACUUUACGAUUCCAAAUGAUAGCUCCUCGUUUAAGUUGGAGUUUGGAAACUUCCCAAAGAAGGAGGUAGAUGCCUCUUCCAGGACUUUGAAGCCAUGGGAGGGUAGAAUUUACAUCUCUGAGUGA